GAGUGGAAUUAGGGUUAUCAUCUUAUUAUUAUGCUUCCGAGUUAGGGUUUUGCUUUCUCAAGCGUUCUGAGUCUCUCUCUCUCUCUCUCUCUCUCUCUCUCUCUCUCUCCUCCUUUGGUACAUUUGCACAGAGGCCUUUGAUCUCUUCUCUGAGAAUUGUAAGGGUUUGUCAUGGCGCAGGAGAGAUCCACGGGAGUGGUAAGCUGGUUCGACAGCCAGAAGGGCUUUGGCUUCAUAAAGCCCGACGAAGGUGGCGAAGAUCUGUUCGUCCACCAGACCUCCAUCAGAUCUGAGGGCUACCGCAGCCUCGCCGAGGGCGAGACCGUUGAGUUCCAGAUCGCGCUUGGAGACGACGGCCGCGCUAAGGCCGUCGACGUCACGGGCCCCAAUGGAUCGUCCGUACAGGGCGGCAAGAAGGACAGUUACGGCAGGGGCGGUCGCGGCGGGAGCGGCGGGGGAUACGGAUUCGGCGGUGGGUGGAGAGGCGGUGAUAGGAUCGGGAGCGGGCGGAAUGGUGGCGGCAAUGGGUAUGGAUACGGCGGUAGCGGUGCUGGUGGUGGGGGUUGUUAUAACUGUGGGGAGCCUGGGCACUUGGCGAGGGAGUGCAGCCGAGGAAGUGGCGGAGGCGGAGGCGGAGGCGGAGGCGGCGGCGGCGGCUGUUAUAACUGCGGUGAGCUUGGGCAUUUGGCCAGGGACUGCAGGAGGGGAAGCGGCGGUGGCGGUGGAGGCGGCGGUGGGGCUUGUUACAACUGCGGGGAAGUUGGGCACAUGGCAAGAGACUGCCAAGGUGGUGGCGGCGGCAGCGGUUUUGGAAGGUUUGGAGGUGGUGGAGGUAGUGGAGGUGGUGGCGGGUGUUACAAUUGUGGGAAACCUGGGCACUUUGCUAGAGAAUGUCCUAACACUGCAUGAUGAAGAAAAAAGAGCAAUAGUAAAUAUUCUCUUAUUUUCUUGUUCUUGAUGCGCUUCGUAAAUUUUUUUUGUUUCUUUCUAUUUUUUCUCUUUUUGGAGGUUAUACAUAGGAUGCGUUCUCAGGAAGUUCUCAGGAAGUUUUUUGCUUUGGGGUUUCAUGCAAGUCAAUGAUCUGAUCUACUGUUUUAAAACGAAUUUUGUUGGUUCAUACACAGAUAUAUGGUCGUUUGGUUAAUGAAUUAGGGUUGUCCGGUGUUA